UGAUCUGCUUCGUAUCUUUUCUUCCAUAUUUAUAGUCGUCACUCAUCUGAAUUAGCUACUUCAUCUCAUGUUCAAACCAUGGCCAGUGUGGUUGCGUCUAAAGCGUCAAAAUGGCUCUCUCUCAAGAGAUCCAAGCUCAGACUAUUUGUCCCUCACCUGCCAUCCUCCCCCGUUGCUGUUCCUUGCUCACCAUCAAGUAGUAGAGAUAGAACGAGUGAGUUAUGGGAGGUCUUCAAACACUUUGAUCGAGAUAGGGACGGGAGGGUCUCCUACGUGGAACUAAGGGCCUCGUUUGACUUGCUGGGGGAGGAGAUGCCGGUGGCGGCGGCCCAAGCUGUCAUUGCCGACUUGGACUCCGAUGGCGACCAACUUUUGGACUUUGAGGACUUCGUUAGAUUAGUAGAGGGGGAGGGGGAGAAGAUCGAGAGCAAAGAUGAUGAGGAACUUAAGAAGGUGUUCGAGAUGUUUGAGGUGGUUAAGGGGUCAGGAAGGAUCACACCCAGGGGGUUGAAAACAAUGCUAAGUAGGCUCGGCGACGAGCGGUCAAUCGAGGAGUGCAAAACCAUGAUAGGAGCAUAUGACCUUGAUGGAGAUGGCGAGCUCAAUUUCCAUGAGUUCUACCAGAUGAUGACAUAGAUAAAACAAUCAGUAAGUCGAUGCAUAUUGUAUCCAUCCAUCCAUCCAUCCAUGUCAACAAGUCUGAAAUUAAUUGUAUCCAAGUUUCGGUUUUUAUCAUCGAUUCGUUUGCAAAUCCAAUUA